UUAUUCAUCACUUCGUCUACGGGCUGCAUUUCAAGUCUUGACGACAUAGUGAGAUUGGAAUACGAAAAGACGAAAACUAUUUUGGAAAUGAGUUGAAAAACUUUUAAAUAUCUCUUCGUAAAUCAUAAAUGUGUAGCUGGUGUUAAGAUUAAUGAAAUAUCUAUGUGAAUAUUUCUUGAAAACUUAAUUGCUUAAUUAAUUUAAUGAUUGCGAAUAGUUUCAUCAACAAUGAGUUCAAAUGUGCCUCAGGUGAAUUUGUAGGUGCUUCGUGUGGCCACCAUGGAUCAUACACAUUUUAUAAAGCCUUCAAAUAUUUGAAGCACGGGAAAUACAAGAUUCUGACGCUUGGUGAAUUUUUCUUUGUGAGAAUUCCGCCCGAUGAUGAUCCGUGCAUAGGCGAAUUGCAACUACUAUGGGAGGACAAGAACAGUGAUCAAUUGUUGUCAAGUAUGAGACUUUAUUUCCUUCCUGAACAAACUCCUGAAGGGAGAAAGUCUUAUCAUGGGGAGCACGAAGUUUUGGCUGCUUCAGAAAAAGUCAUUCUGCGAUUGGUGGACUUAGUUCAAUGGAUUACCGAAGAAGUAGAAUGGUCGCACGGAUUGGUAGCGAAUUCUACUGAUUCCGUUAACAGGGCUCCCUGUAUGACGUCAUCAUUAGAGAAAGGACCACCUCUCUUUCACUCGAAGGCUGGAAAUGGUAUUAACUUGAAUAAGGCAUUCUCAGAAAACGUCCCUUAUUUGAAUAUUUCUGAUGUCGAGAAGGAUAAGAAGAUGAACCAUGGUGACGUUUUAAGUGACCAACAACCUUCUAUUUUGGUUCUUUCUUACGCCCGUUACUGUCGCUACCGAGCUAUGCUAAUACGAUUGAGUGGCUUGAAUGACCAGUGUUUUAAAAACUUACUUGUUGUGGCCUUAGGAGGCAUCACCUUGCCUAAUCAGAAAACAAGAGUUCUCUUUUGUCGGGACACAUUUGAUCAUGACGCUCUGGCAAACAACGACUCUAACUGCGAUCAUUUAGCACCCAAUCUGAAAGGCAGACCUCGGAAAAAGAAAGCCAAAAUAAACAGAAGCAACUCUCCAAGCAGCGAGUCCAACGCCUCAGAGGAAACUAAAGAAGGAGAUGCUAAAAUGAAGAUUGAAUGUACGAGUAAUGGAACAGAAAGGAAAGCCAGUAAAAAAGAACAGGAGUUUUUACAGAAACUUUUUAAGUUUAUGCAAGAAAGAAACACACCCAUAAAUCGUGUCCCUCAUCUCGGUUUUAAGCAAAUAGACUUGUAUUGGUUCUUUACUUGCGUUCAAAAUAUUGGAGGUUAUGAAAAGAUAACUUCUAAAAAGUUGUGGAAGAAUAUAUAUGAUGAACUUGGAGGAAAUCCUGAAAGUACCAGUGCUGCCACCUGUACACGUAGACAUUACGAAAGACUUCUACUACCAUUUGAAAUAUAUAUGAAAGGAACUGAAGACUCCAUGUUCUCAAAUGCUCUUUCUAAAAAGAAGAAAGUAGAGUCAACCAAAAAGAACCAUAUAAUAAACACCACAAAUAGAAAUAAUGCAAGGGAAGAACUAGAAACAUCCAACUCUACAGUUUUUGAUAAUGAUAGCUGCAUGUCUGAAGCGUCAACUCAUAAUGAAUCUGUCACCCAGGAAGAAAGACCAAAAAAUCAGGCUGUUUAUAUUAAGAAAGAAGAUUCAUUUUAUAAUAAUGCAUGGCUUAGUGAUCUUGAAAAACAGGAGCAAGAAUGGGAGUCACGAAGGAGAAAAGAACCCAAACAAAAGCAAAGGAAAGAUGAUAUACUCUUAGAGAAAGAAAAGAAAUGGAAUGAAAUCAGGAAAAGAAAUGCUGUGGGUCGUAAUUUGGUCAAACAAGUGAGACCAUCAAGAGUUAUCUCUAAGUCCAGUUCAACAGUGUACAAACAGCUGGUGAAGCCAGAUCCUCAGAGUUUAGAAGAAGCAGACAAAAUUACUUGGACAACUUCAUCAUCAAGCCAGAAUGAGGCUGAAGCUAGUUUAACUGGACAGCACUUAGAAAUACAAAAUAAUAACAACCUCAGAAACAGUGAACCAAUUUCCCAACAACCUUACUCACUUCAGUUCCAACAUUUCCCUUCUAAUAACAAAAACACAGUAGAAAGUAAUUCUGAAAAACAGAUAAUUCUAUCCAAGUACUCGGGAAACACACAACUUCUGAAGAGCCCUGCUAGACUGUGUUCUGGGGCUAGUGGUAUGAAGAGUGGUCCUUCCACGCAGUCUGUAAAAAUUGAAUAUUCCACAGCAGGUGGGACACAGGAGCCAAAAUCAGUUUAUAAAACAAGUAUUAUGUCUCCACUUUUAUUUCGCAAAAGAUCAUUUCCUCGCACCAUUGUUCCAUCAGCCAAUAGUAACACUCAGCUUUCUCUGCUUCAACAUAAAGUUACAAGCCAAGACUUAGAUCCACAUACUUCUGUAUCUGGCAUUAUCAGCGAGUCAUAUAAGCAAACAGCUAGAGGGAGACUGCUUGGGGGAAAGGAAGCUUUAGAUCUACCUCUUCCUCGGCCAUCUGUGAUUCAUCAUACCGAAAAGGUGGGAUCACCACCUCCAGAUCAGAAUAAUGGAUUAUCCCAACCUAUCUAUGAACAGAUAUCUCCAGCAUCAGAACCAUCAUCUCCUCCUCCUCCUGUAGAGAAGAAAGAACCCAAUAUUCUAAAUAAAAUAAUGGAACACAUGACUCAGACACUCCCAGAGCUAACCAGCAGACAUUCACCAGUAUCUCCAAAUUCAACAGCAGUAUCAUCAGUGGCUUUACAUUCUUUUAAACCAGACCAAUGUAAAGACACCCUUUCACCACUGUUUACAUCUUCCAAGACAGAAUGUCCAUUAUUACUAACAUCUGCCUUAAAAACAGUGUCUCCUGGUUUAUUACCUUCAGUUUCUUCAACAGGAUCACCAGUGUUUUUACCAUCAGAUUCUAUAACAAGACCUUUGAAUUUCUCUCCCAAGACUUCCACAACGGAAUAUCAGAUGUCUUUACCUACAGCCUCAAUUACAGCAGGCUCACUGGUGUCCUUAGGACGCACUAGAUCUCAUCAUAUGAAUAUUACACUAGCAAGUGAUGAUGAUACAGCUAGUCAAACAGUUUCUUACACAGGCCAAUCUAAUCUUCUUCCUAAAAAUUUCAAAACUGUUCUUGAUGUUGAAAAAUAUCAAUUUUCAGCCUUGCCACAUGGAAUGUUACUUUCUGAUACUCAGUAUUAUAACAAACAUUCCUUUGCCACCUCAGAUUAUCAGUAUGAAUCCAUCAAGACUAGAGUGCCUCACCUCAAUGGAACCUUUGCUCACCAGUCCAAGAACAGCUUUCAUGCACUUGCCAUCUGUCCAGCUGUUGAACCCAUCUCACCAGUGACCCCAACUCCAUCACCCCCACUUGACUCUCAUCAUCAUAUUUCUCAAGAAGGAUUUGCUAAAUCUCUCCCUACAUUCUUUAGUGAUGACAAUUACCAAGCACUGGAUCUUACUAUGAAAAAGAAUUCCUCAACACUGAAGCAAGAUCCAUCAUGUACAAAAGUACAAGAGUAUAAAAAGGUCACAACCAUUUCCACUGAGCCAGAAGGUUGUCUGGACCUUUCAAUAAAGAAAAAACAAAAAAUAGAGGUCGUAAACCAGUUUAAGUCACCUUCUAAUUUCCCUGCUGUAGAAAAAAACUCACAAUUUGUUCAGACCAACUCCACUGCAUGGCCUGUCAACAUCUGCAAAUCACACAUAAACAAUGAAAUAUCCAUACAAGCACAUAUAGACACUAAAGUCCCCAUACAGGCCCAUACAACACAGAUAGAGAACAAAGCACCUAGGCAAAUAUACACAUCAAAUGUAAAUAGUAAAACACCUAAAUCAUACAUAAAUAUUAGAAAUAAAACUCCCACAAUGAGUCAUACAACACAAGAAGUUAACAUUAGUGAUGAAGCCCCUUUACAGUUUCAUACAACACAUUUACCCAACAAAGCUCCCAAUCAUGUGUAUAGCCAAAAUACUAAGCCUUCAAUUGAUCAUGAACUUCAUCUUUCAAAACAUCAAACUUCUAAUGAAGCAACAUUAAAAUCUUGUUUAAUUUCAAAAAAUGACUUCCUUGCAUCAGACUCAUCAAAGAAAGCCUAUGUAACAGAAUAUAAUCCCCAGCUCCCCCAAUUUAUAAACCCAACUGUGCACCCUUAUCAUUCCCCACUAUUGGGCUAUGUUCAACAACCUUUCAUGCCCUUAGAAGCAAUUCAGGCCAGUGUAGCAGCAUGCCAGAACAUCAUUGGUCGAGAUUUCUUUAACCUUUUCCCCCAAUUAUACCAUCAAUUUUAUAAAAGAUCUAACACACCAUAACUUUAGCGAGCACUUUGUACAGUUAAAAAUAGCUUCCUUUACUGAUAAUGAUCAUGGGUGUAUAAAGUAAGUGUUCAUCAAAACAUUCAACACAUCUUUGCUUUACACUGUGUGUGUGUGUGUGUGUAUGUAUAUAUAUAUAUAUAUAUAUAAAUAAAUAAAUAUAUAUUGUACGUGGCAUGUAGGUAAAUAUAAAUUUACUUAAGUUUAACCUGCAUGAAGAAAAUUGUCAGUUAUUAUAUUAUAGUGUAUCUUACAAAGUGUGUAAUUUUUUAAGACUGCUUUUUCACUUGGUUUUGGUAGCAGACAACUGAAUUGUUCUUCAGGUCAGGAUAUUCCAAGUUAAUAACGUCUAAAAUGUCAAUAACAACAAAGCAAUAGGACAAAUUAAAUUUGUUUAUAAAAGACAGACAAGUAACAGAAUUUCCAAAGCAUUUUAGCUAUGUUUAGUACAUUUAUUUUAAUCUUUACUGUUAAGUAGGUGUAACUCAAGUAUUAACUGAGAUAGUUAUAACAUCUACUUAAUACAAUGUAUACUCUUACAAAAAAGUUAUAAAACAAGGAGAACAUCACUAGCAUAACAAUGGAGGGGUUCCAGAAAUAUUGUUCCUGACAUUUAUGUUAUUUUUCAUUCAUUGUUCACACUCAAUAAAAUGAAAAUUCAGAAACAAAUUUUACACUUAUUUUUAUGUAAUGGCAAAUACUUCUUCAUAAUUAACUGAUAAAUAGUGUUCCUUGCAUACAUUUAUCUGAUAUUAAACUCUGAACCUAUUGUUUUAUAAUGUGCCCCUCACCCUAUAAAUCAUAGUUUCACCGCUAUUAAAUAUUAAUUGUAGCUUUGAAGACUCUUCCUCAUUUAAUGUGAAUGGUAAGCACAAUUAAAAAGUAUUUUAAUAAAAAAAUGAAUUUACAACACUUUGACAUCUUGCAUCCAGUUUUUUUUUUAAUUGUAGCUAGAUUUUGAUCUUCUUCAGAAGUCAUCGCAAUCAUCAGGCUACUGAAUAUUCCUGAAUAGGGUCAAAAGCUACAUACAAAAAACAAAUGGAUGCAAAAUAACAAAUUAAUUUUUUAUUAAAAUUCUUUUUAAUUUUGUUUACUAAUUGCACUGGUUAUACAUUAAUACACCAAAAUAAACAUUUGUGCAGCUCUUAGAGGGUGAUAAAAAAGCUUAAGUAAUUUAAACAAAUGAAACUAUAAACAAAAAUAUAAUGCAGAAACUUCCAUUUAUACCAGAGAUUAUAUAAUUUAGUUGUAUUGUUUACAAGGUAACACUAAUCCUAAGCUUUUUGUUACACACCUGUGUUAAUUGCUGUCAGAAUAAAGCAUUUUUUGUAUAUGGUCACAAUUAUCUGUGCAUAAGCUGCUUUUCAAUCACCAUGACAAUAUGGUGUUCAUAAGUGUUAUCUGUCCCAAAGAUCUAUUUAUAAAUGCAUUGUGAUAUAUGGUAAGACAACAACCAAUUAAAUUCAAGUUAGCAUUGAGACAUGUCAUAGCAUAUUUGUCACACUUAGAUUGUUCUGGUUGUAGUUUGAAAUAAUGAACACUGCAUGGUAAUAAAACUGGUUUAAAAAUGAAUAACCUUUUUUUCAACAAAUGCUUCACUUUAACAUCUUAUGGAAAUAUUCUGGUAAUAAAAGAAAAACGACAAACUCUGUAAGGAACACUUAUAUUUCAUUAAAAAGGAAAUGAGUAUGUAAUUUACAAGAUCCAGAUGUUUAUUUCUGUAUUCAGUUUUUUUUUGGCUUAAUUUGUAGUUAAAAAAUGUUUACACCUGUAUCACAGUCUGAAUUGUAAUUGUUACAGUUUAAAAAAAAUUUGAAAAUUCUGAAACUUUUUAUUUACAUCUAUAUUACUAUCCAAUAUGUGAUUCCUUAGAUAAAAUAAAUUGUUUCUACUACCUAAUUAUGAAUGUCAGAAUGUAGUCUUUCAGGUUUUCUUGAGAAGGUCAGACAAAGUAAAUGAAUUUAUGAAACUACAGUCUGCAUAACAAAUGCUAACAUAAUUAAAAGAAAGUGCUACAAACUUACAUAUUACAGUAAUAAGUUAAAAUCCUCUUAAGAAAACAACUGUUAAGAGGAAAAUAAACCAUCUGAUAAAUCAAUAAUAUUUUACUCUGUGAUUGUGAUGGAAAGGUUGUAUACAUCACUCUCCUGUUGUCUUGGCAAUUUGUUCUUGUGCAGUUGAUGGAUGGUGUAACUGAAAUAAUAACUCUCAAACAAAUCUACAUUCUUAUACAUUUAAAAAGAAUAAAAACAGCCUUUCAUAUUGAAAUAUUUAAAUGUAAUGAUUUUGAUAGAUAAUAAUCUGUAGUUUCAUAAUAAUACAAAUUACGACCUACACUUCUAAAAUAAGAAAAUGCACCACACAUUUAAUUGUUAAUGGAUGCUAUUCCAGCUUGCACAAACAGCUAGCUGAAGUGACCAAAGCUUGUUAAAUAAAUCACAGUUCUUCUAAUUAAAAACAAGAUCACAAUAGUAAAACAUGUUUAAUCUUUGGUCUUUUUGGAUGAUGGAAUGUGUAAUUCCAAAAUAUCCAAAGAUUAGACAUUCUUUUGUUUUACCUUGGCAAUCCAGUUUUUAAUUACAGUUCUUCUAGUAUUAAAAUUGUUUACACAGUGUGAUAUUCAGAUGCACUUAUGUCUAACAUGUAAAAAUCAAGUAUUGCAAUAAUGGAAAAGUUGAAGAAAACUGCUU